AUGUCAGAUUCCUCCAGCGGCAAAGCCCAAUCGGCCUUCCAAUCCCUUUCAUCCAUCAUCACCUCCAUCCCUCCCUCUCAAAGCCCUGCCUUUUCUCUCCUCCACGACCUUCGAAUCGCCUCCCAAAUCUCCACACUCCUACGUCAACCUGACUCCGGUGCUGGUGACAACAAUCUCUGUCGUUGGCUUUAUGACAGUUUUCAAUCUACUGACCCAGAUCUCCAGCUCGUUGUCCUUCGUUUCCUCCCCAUUAUUGCCGGCGUUUACCUCUCUCGUGUCACUCUCCGCAAACCUUUAGCUGGUUUUGAGGCCGUUUUGUUAGCACUUUACGCCCAUGAAACCACCUCUCGUGCAGGUCAAUCUAUAACUAUUAACAUCCCCGAUUUGUCCCAUCCCAGCGUUUAUCAUGAAUCCAAAACAAUCACAAAAACAAACGCCACAGAUUUAAACCUAGCGGUAAUAUCUCCAAGUUUGGAGCCUCAUGGAACGGUGAGAUCCACUAGGAGGGCUAGGAUUGUUGGAGUUGCAUUGGAAUUGUAUUAUAGUAAGAUAUCACAAAUGCCUAUAGGGUCUAAGGUUGAUUUUUGUGAAUUUUGUGAGGGGUGGGCUGGUCUCGACAAGGAUUCUGAGGGUUGUAAAGGUUUAACAAAAGAGAAGUUAAACAACGAGGGGGCAAUAUCUUUGCCAUGGGAACUUUUGCAGCCUGUUUUGAGAAUCUUGGGCCAUUGUCUUUUAGGCCCUACGAAGAAUAAGGAAUUGUAUAAAGCUGCAAGUGCUGCAUGCAAGAGCUUGCAUGCAAGGGCUUUGCACGAUAUCAAUCCUAAUGCAAUUUUGGCUACUGGGAGUCUUGUCAGGCUUGGGAAAAUAGACUUGGAUUCAGACAAAGAGACUGACUAUACUGAGAUACCAAAAACUAAUGUCAUCUCUCUCUAA